AUGUCUUUUCUGACGAUAAGCCUUUUGCUCGGCCUCGGCGCUGUUGCUGUCCAGGCGCAAUCUCCCUUGUACGGCCAAUGGCUGGACAGGCGCGACAACCUGUGUUUCUGGAGCUACUUGCGUGGUUUCCAACCCAUGUAUGUCCGUAACUGCUGCAAACUAGACCAACCUGUGACAUUUUGUGCAGACUACUCUCAAUGCCUGCCUGGCGUCGCUUCGAGCUCUUCGACCGCUAAGCCCACUUCGACUGCAAGUAGCACAAGCAAGCCUGCAACCUCUGUUCCCGCUACAUCAACAUCUGCACCCUCGCCCACUUGCUCCGCGAGUCUGACGUCCAGAGCUACUGGCAAACUUUCGCACGUUGGAAUCAACAUCGCUGGUUUCGACUUUGGAUGCAACUCUGACGGUAGCUGCACUGCUAGCGGUGCCUGGCCUCCUCUCCUCAAGUACUACGGUCACGAUGGCGAGGGACAGAUGCAGCACUUUGUCAAUGAUGACGGGUUCAACACCUUCCGCCUGCCUGUUGGCUGGCAGUUCUUGACGAACGACGCCAUGUCUGGCACAAUCAACCAGACUAACUUGGCGAAAUACGACGACCUGGUUCAGGCAUGCUUGGCCACUGGCGCCUCCUGCAUUGUUGAUGUCCACAACUACGCACGAUUCAACGGUCAGAUCAUCGGCCAAGGUGGUCCUUCCAACGAUGUGUUUGCUCAACUCUGGACUGGUCUUGCCACCAAAUACGCCUCGGAAUCUAAAGUCAUCUUCGGAGUGAUGAACGAACCCCAUGAUGUUCCUGACAUCAACCUCUGGGCCCAAUCCGUUCAAGCAGCCGUCACCGCUAUCCGUAAAGCUGGCGCGACUACUCAGCUCAUCCUUCUUCCCGGAAACAACUGGACGUCCGCGCAAACCUUUGUCUCGAACGGAUCCGGAGCUGCGUUGAUGAAGGUCGUUAACCCUGAUGGAUCCACGACCGGUCUCAUCUUUGACGUCCACAAAUACUUGGACAGUGACAACUCCGGUACUAACAGUGAAUGUGUCACGAACAACAUUGAGGAAGCAUGGGCACCCCUUGCCAACUGGCUCCGCUGCAAUGGCCGCCAGGCAUUCAACACUGAGACUGGUGGAGGAAACACCGCCUCGUGCAUCCAGUAUCUCUGCCAACAAAUUGCCUUCCAGGCCCAGAACUCUGAUGUGUUCCUUGGAUAUGUUGGAUGGGCUGCUGGAAACUUUGACCCAAGUGAGUUUGCUUUGCUUUCUCCGAUCAAAUGUUCACUUUCGCUGACUGUGCGACGUUCCACCGUAUCAGGCUACGUCCUUGGCGAGACCCCCACUCAAUCAGGCUCUACCUGGACCGACACUUCCCUCGUGAAAUCCUGCCUCGCGCCCAACUCGGGCUCCCAGAGUGGACCUACCUCUUAA